AUGUAUGAUGAAGUAAAUUGUACUGAUGGUACUAAUAUCUGGAUCCCAUUACUUAAUUUGAUUGUUUCAUUAUCUGGCUUAUUUAUGCUUCGUACUCUACAUUUACAUUGGCCAGCUUUCAUCUAUUGUCUUGGCAUAUGCAUUAUGCUAAUUAUGAUGCUUGCAACUAUUGCUGAUAAUAUUUUGGCUUCAUUACGUUGGUUUCAUGUAGCCUGGAAUCCAGUUGAUCAAUGGGCUUCAACUUUUUCAUGGAUUGAUAUAAGUCUUGCUAUUUUAGGAAUUAUAUGUAUAUGCAUUUUGGUACCAUUUGCAAAGUAUUGGCAUCAACCAAUAACAAGUAGUAAUUGA